GAUAGUGAUGACAUUGGGAAUGGGCUGCUUGCACUCAGGGCUAUGACGUAUUCCCGUUUUGAAAUAACACGAAACUUACGUUUCCAGUAGCACUGUGUUUACAUUCAGUAAGACAGCAACGUCUAAUUUUUUCUUUUUUUUCAAUAAAGGAGUCUUACAAUAAAGUUAGCCAAUGUUGGGCUAAUGUUAGCCUGUGUUUUUGUUUUUAUUAAUUGUUGUUUUCUUACCUUCAAAGUAGUUUAUGUAUGACUAAGCAUGUAGUCUAACACCUUUCUCCAGCUUACUAAAAGAGGCGUUAUUACGUAUAUGAUGAACGUUAUUCGGUUUCAGAAAAUCCUGUAGACACCAGGUAUCAAUAGCAUCAUUGUCGUUAUAGAGGAUGAGCCUGAAGCAGAAGUAUUUGUGCAAGUAGCCCAGAACAUAGACUUGUAUAUAGAUGCCACUUUGGCCCAUUGCUGCGAUAUGCCACUGUGUCUGCCAUAUUGAUCCGGGCAAGACUGCUCUAUUAACAAAACAGAAGUUAACGGGGGAUGUUUCUUCGGGGGAUGCUGUGGAUUUUCUGGAUAAAAACCACAAUAACGUUUACAUUUCUUAAACGAUUUCAAUGGUUUAUGAUCUACGUGAAGUAUAAAAAAGUUGUGUCUCAAGUUCCUUACCAUCUCGAUAUUUAAACUUGGAAAAUUAUUCGUUGUCAAGGAAUUGUUAAAACUCAUGCUUAAAGCAUGUAUUUGGCUUAUUUUUCUUGGUUAAUAAAUACUGAGGCAUCCAUAAUAUAAUAUAAUGCAAUGUACAUGAAAUGUGCAUAAAGUUGUUUUUUAUUAUUAUUAUUAUUAUUAUUGUCGGGAAAAAAAAUCCUUUCUUCUACCCCAUCUUUUAACUUUUCUUUUGCUCCAGGUCAGAAUUCUGUUAACAAAAAGCUUGUUUAUUUUUAAAUACUGAAACAAAUCAAACAUGGAACCUCGGCGUUCACCUUUUGUUAGCAACAAGCUAGUCAGGUAACUGAUUGCUUUGAGGAGUGAUGUAGAUUUACUUCAAUACAACUGUGUAGUCAAUGUUCUACAUUUAACAAGCAAACAUGUCUGUAUGUUGAUUAUUCUGAAGCACAAAACUUGUAUAUAAGCUAUAACUUAAAAAAAAAAAAAAAAAAAUACUAUGUUGUUUACUAUGUUGUUGAUGCUGUGAGCAGCCAUGUUGAUUUGACAUCACUUGCUGAACUCCAAUUGAAUUUCCAAGUAGGAAUUUCGAGUUGGGGGGUGGUGUUUUGUUUUUUUCUUAGACGGAGGUCAGAUUGUUUCCCGCAGCAAUGCAGCAGCGCAUUAGUCUGUCCAGCUGCGUCACCUCAUCUGUACCCUCCGCCAAAACACAGGUUCCAAAGGUUCAACUUUCAUGCUAAUCUUGCAGUCAACACCAACAUGUGAUCUUGGGUGUCACUGGAAAAUGUUUACACCCCUCAAGUGUUUUGAACUCGCCUCUACUGCAGCCAUGUGGGAGUUCCGGUCUAUGUCUUUCUGGCGGGCUGUUUUUGCCGAAUUCUACGGCACAAUGUUCUUCGUCUUCUUUGGGCUUGGUGCUGCUUUGCGCUGGACCACCGGUGCUUACAAUGUGCUCCAUGUGUCCUUCUGCUUUGGGCUGGCAGCUGCCACGUUCAUCCAGUCCAUCGGUCACAUCAGCGGUGGCCAUAUCAACCCAGCCGUCACCUUCGCCUAUGUGGUCAGCUCCCAGAUGUCCCUGUUCCGUGCUUUCUUCUACAUCUGUGCUCAGUGUUUGGGGGCGCUGGCUGGUGCUGCUGUACUGUAUGGGGUGACACCCAACAACAUGAGGGGCAACCUGGCUCUCAAUACACUGCAGCCUGGCGUUAGCCUGGGCAUGGCCACUACAAUGGAGGUAUUCCUGACUCUGCAGCUGGUGGUGUGUGUCUUUGCUGUAACCGAUGAUCGGCGUAAUGGCCGUCUGGGCUCUGCUGCUCUAGCCAUUGGCUUCUCCGUGCUCAUGGGACAUCUGCUUGGGAUGUACUAUACUGGUGCUGGAAUGAAUCCUGCCAGGUCCUUUGCUCCUGCUGUGCUUGUCAGGAACUUUAUCAACCACUGGGUGUAUUGGGUUGGCCCUUUUAUUGGCGGUGCUCUGGGUGCUCUGCUCUACGACUUCCUGCUGUUCCCACGCAUGCGUGGCUUCUCUGAAAGAAUCGCCGCGCUCAAAGGCAGUCAACCUGCCGAAGCUGAAGGCCAGCGGGACACACGGGGCGAACCCAUUGAGCUCAAAACACAAGCUCUAUAAACAAACAGUCAGGAAAGGUUGGCAUUCUCACCCUUAUCACCUCACCAAUUACCUACACGCUUCACGACCCGCUGUGCCCACAUUUAUCCCUUUUUCAACCUCACUCUGCAUCCGGAGUCUGGGCAUGUUGAAACAUCUCCCACAUCACUUUAACCUCACCCCUUCAGACUGCAUGACCUAGAAUGAGGCUUAGUAGAAGACUUUGGCACGUAGGGCGGCGCUCUGUGGCUAAAUCUGCUCAGGACAGGAGCGUCUCUCGGAAUUGUAGUUGACUAGGAGUGCGCUACAGUAGUGGACUUCAUUCUGCAUGCUUUUCCGCUUUCACAGUGUUCUUGAGUGUUCGCUAUUGUUUUAGCAAGUUUUUGCUUUUGUUUUGUUUUUAUCUUUUACUACAUUAUAUCAAUUGAAAGUAAUUUCAAGGCAACUGAGACAUACUUCCAGUUGUGUGCGUGUGUGUGUGUUUUAUUGAGUUUUUAUUUUGGCUUUUUAUUCCCAUUAUACUGUGUUUGUAUAAGGUUUUAUAUUUCUAAGUGAUAGACACCUCCACUUUAUCCAUCGGCACAUUAUGGUGUCUUAAUAAAGCAAUAAGACAUGAGAGGGCAUGCAUUACAGUGAUUUUGUCAUGGAUAAGGGGUUUCUUAGGCAUGACACAUAGCAGAGUGCCUAAAACCCACCUUCCCCAUGAUAAGUUCACUAACACAUGCCCUCGAGUAGCUUAUUGCUUUUAUAAAAUGGUGACAAAAACAAUAUGAUAAAAUCCAUGUAAAGCCAAAUACUGAAUCAGCACAGGGCAGCAUAACACACUCAGAGGAAAGUGCUAUCUACCCUCUUCAACCUACAUGAGCUCACAGAUGCCUACGACUGCUUAGUGCCACUCUGAUUGACAAGGGAAAUAUUAAUGCAAAUGCAAAUGAAUGCUUAAUGCUUUAAUGCUUAAUUUGCUCAGUGCUACUCUAGCUUCCAGCUGUGGUGGCUGUGGUAUCAUUCGUAUUCAAAUUUGUGAUCUGAUGAAUUUGAAAUCAUUAUUAAUAAUGUUCACUGUAAGCAGUCCUCCAUGCAGUGUAGUCUGUUAACAGUAAGCUUUGGUGAAAAGCAACAGAACAGACAAAGAUUAGGGCAUCUAUGGACAUAACUUAUUCAGAUAUUAACUGUAAUGCGGUCACAUGUGCGAGGAUUUCAGAUUUUAUUGAGGCGUAGAUCAUGGCUCAGUCAAUCUGAAUUUAGAGAGCUGAAACGAUCCGUUUUAUAAUUAAAAUUUUUAAUAGGCUUUAGCGGUUUAAACUCAUUAUUCUCAAUCUUUAAAUGAUAGAAAAUGUCAGUUUCUAGUCUCAUUUUCUCCCUCAUCAACACAACCACAGAAAAGGAAAUGUCCCAUCUGUGUAUUAUUUCAAACUCAUGUUAACUGACGCUGUUUUUGGAUUGUGGCUUGUAUUCAGCUUGCUCUUUUUUGGCAUGCAUUUCCUAGUGAUUCUCAAACAUCCAUUGCUAUAAGACUUGGCAUGCGUAGGUUUAUUGUUUCUUACAACUAGUUUGGUUACAUCAUGUGUGUUGAGUAGAAGUUUACUAGAUAACAUCGGAUUUGUCAUGGACCUCAGCUUAUUUUUGUUCUUGUGGUGAAAAUGCAUGACUCUAGUUUAAGUUCAGCAAAUGUUGUUUUGAAUGCAAACUGAGUGCAUGAAGGUGCAGUGAUUUAUAUCUUUUUUUUUUUCCUCUUACUGUUGGGGGGGAGGGAAUUUUUAUGUUUAACAAUUUUUAAUGUCUGUUCGCUUUUGUAUAAUCAGUGCCAGCUUUUCCUACCCAUGAAGGUGAUGCUGGUGAGAUCUCGAGGUUUCUCCACAGCUUCACUUCUAUUAAUGUUAAACGUAAAUCCUUGGCUUAUUUCUUCAUUUGUCUUCACGUUGCUGCAGGUGUCCUGCUGUUUCAGGAGCAGUGAAUACACAGACAAAUGCAUGCUCUGUUUGAGUGUUUGAUGUGCUGCUUUUAUCUCUCUAACCUAAAUGUUCCAGUCAGAUUCUUCCAUGUUUACAUCAAUAGAAAUCAUUUUGUUCUCGAGAUGUACAGUGUAAAGAUUUCCUUAUUUUGUAAUUCCAAGUGUUCAAACUAGACAAAUAUACAUGAAUGAUCAUU